AUGCGGCAGCCAGCCAUCCGCAGCACGCUGGCGAGCAUGUUCGCCUCCUGCACUCCUUGGCUUACCUGCAAGCCCACCACAGGACUCCCACAGAAGGCGAUCAUGGAGCCGCCCGUGGUGGCGCACCUGUCGCACCCACUCGACAACGUCGGGGCGCUCGAAGCGCGUGCAGCUCUCGAUAGCCGAUCCCUCGAUGAUCCUCCGGAGCCUCCGCUCCUUGGCUGGGGUCACGCCCGUGAGGUAGAUGUCGAGGCCGAAGAGGAGAUCCAGCUGCCAGAGGAUGAACUUCUUGAGCAAGUCCAUCAUCAUGUCCUCGAGCUCCAAGCAAUUGGGCGCGAAGCCGUCUCCUCCCCGCAUGAUCCAGAGCACGCGGAACUUCCCGUUCUUGACGAGGUCGUGCUCGACCCCCAACUUAGAGCUGGCGUCGCCCAUGCGCAGGACCUGACUCGCGGCGUAUAUGCGCGCGAUGCGCCAUAG